AUGUACAUUGGUGAUGCCGUUCAGUGGAAAUGUUUCCUUAUGAGCAACAUAGUGUGUGUUGUUGAUUUAAUAAGACUUAUCUUAUUAAACUAUAUCUGCGAAAGCGUUAGCGCUAAAGCACAGAAAACCGAGAACAUUAUUCAUAAAUUGACAAAUCUUAUUCGUUUUGAUAAAGCACGUGAAGAGAUUAGCCAGUUUGUUUUACAAAUAUCACUGCAGCCGUUAAAAUUUAGCGGAAUGGGUUUAUUUAACUUUGGCCACAAAUUCCUCUAUAAGUUCUUCGCUUGGAUGAUCUCUGUUAUUAUUUUAGUAAUCCAAAUGGGCACUUCUUCCUUGUAUCAAGUAAUGUCCAGGGAAAAUGUGACAUGUCAAAUUAAAAUUCUAGAAUAG